UUGAACUUCGCUCUUCUCUGCAAAAUUGAGGUAAUGUUCGUUGUUAUUGCUGUUAAGAUGCCAAACAUUGUAAUAUUCCCAGUAUUGCUCAAAUCUCGUGGAUUCCGGGUUUACGGUAAGCAAACAAAUGUUGUGAUUGUGUUGAACGCUGUGAGUAAUGUGGUAAUAGUGUUUGCACCUUCAAUUGUUGCGCAAGAUCCAGGAGCUAAACGACGGCGGUUUGGGUGCGGGCCCGUUGACGAUACCACAGCAGCAACAGCCCAAAUUACAAUCGAACCCCCAACAACAAGUCACCACGUCGGUAACCCCCAUGGUCACACAGCCUCAAAUUGGGAUUUCUUCGCAUAA